AUGGAGCAGGAGCUCGCCCACGUCUUCGCGGCCACGCUCUCGGCGGACGCAGCCUCGCGCGGCGAGGCCGAGGCGCACCUUGCCGCCCUGCACGCGACGCCCGCCUGCGGCCACGCACUCAGCAGCUUGCUCCUCAGCGCCGCGUACCCGCUGCACCUGCGCCAGGCAGCGGCGCUCUCGCUGCGCAAGUGGAUCAACGAGCGCUGGUCGCCGUACCACCAGACGUUCGUCGGCCUGCCGCCCAGCAAUGCGCCGCUCGACGCUGCCGCCAAGCCGCCGGUGCGCGCACAGCUGCUGCAGGCCCUCACGCUGCCCGAGCGAGCUCUGCGGCUGGCGGCUGCCUAUGCACUCAGCUCUGCCUCGGCGCCGGACUGGCCAGACGACUUUCCUGAGCUGCUGCCGUCGAUCAGGCAGCUCCUGGAGCAGGGCGGCUCUGAUGCCACGCACGGCGCCAUGUGCUUCCUGGCGGACUUCGUCGGCGGCGAGCUGGACGAGACACAGAUCAUGGGCGCUAGUCGCGAGCUGCUGCCGAGUCUGGAAAAGGUGCUGGCAGACACAGCGCGCUAUCCGCCUGCUGUGCGCGCCCGAGCGCUGACCGUCUUCCGACAUAUGCUCGAGACGUUGUUCAUGGUGCGGGAGUCAUACCCAGAGGCUGCCAAGCAGGCGACGGCGGACACGCUGCCGCAGUGGCUCGAUGCGCUGGAGCGGAUAGUGUCGCAGCCGCUGCAGAGCAACGAGGCCUUCUGGGAGGAUCUGGGCCUGCGGAGCGAGGCAUGGAAGACCCUCAAAAUGGCGAACCACUUCAGGUCGCACUUCAAGCCGCACGUCAGCACGCUCGUCCGGGCUGCACUCUCGGACUUGACGGCGCUGCGCCAGGCCUUCAGUGUUCUCUACGUUGCAUCAGCGGAUGACGGACCUGCCGUUCCCGACGCGCCAGACGGCGAUCGUGACGUGUGGACGACGGUGCCCCGCCUCGCCUCGACAGUGCUCGACUUCAUCUCGACUGUUCUGCGGUCACCGCAGGCGCGCGAGGCGCUGCUCGCACGUGCUGCUGCGGCCUCCGAUCAGGCGCCCUUGACCUCGCUCCUCGACUCGCUGCGCGUCUUUGCGCGCAUGACGCGGGAUGACGAGGAGGAGUGGAUGGCAGACGCUGGCGCCUUUGUCGAUGCAGCGGACGACGACGAAGGCGUGGGCUUCACUCUGCGCGGCGUCGCGGCUGACGUGCUCAACGAGCUGCUCGAGACAUUCUCCGAGCCGGUGUUGAACGGGCUCGGACAAGUCGCAGCCAAGGCGAGCAGCGAUGCGGCUGCCCUGCGGUCAGCGGGCAACAGCGAUGCCUGGAAGGAGGAAGAGGCUGCGCUCGCUCUGUUGGGUGGAGUGUCCGAGGCCGUGCAGGAACAGCUCGCCAUGCAGACGUCCGCCACCUUCGACCUGGGCGGCGUAUUUGCCCAGCUCGUGGCGCCGCACAUGGCCUCGAACUCCGAGCCAUUCCUUCUCGGACGGUGCUUCGUAUUCGCUUCGCAGUACGCCGCGGCUCUACCGCCGCAGCUGGCGCACCAGAUGCUCACUUCGGCAGUGCUUGCAAUCGAGGACGAGUCGCACUCUGGCUCCGAGGGCGAUGUGGUCAUCAAGCUCUCGGCCGUGCGAUGCGUCAAGAACUUCUACCGGCACAUCGACGCUGCGCAGGUUCCCGCGACUGCAGCUCGCAUCAUCGCACGCCUGGGACCACUGCUCGCCGUCGCAAGUGCAUCGACGCUCAUGCUUAUCGUGGAGACGCUACAGCUCGUGGCGAAUGAGAGCCAGGCAGCAGGCCCUGAUACGGUCCCCGCCGGCGUCUUCGCCGAGAUCAUCGCAGCGACACUGCAAGCCUGGAGCAGAGAGCCGAACAGUACGUACCACAUGCUGCUAAUGGUCGUCGAUGAUCUGCUCGAGGCGCUUGCUGGCAGCAAGUCGGCAGCUCAUGCCGCAGCCGUGGCACAUCGCGGCCUCAGCACCCUGAUCGAGGUCUUGUCGCGCGAUGACGUGGACGACACGCUUGCCUCGGGCGCUGUUGACCUGGUGGCCGCGCUGCUGCGUGGUUCCUCCGCUGAGACCCUUGCUGCCGUCGAUGCGACAAGCCUGACGAUGGGCGCGCUCGUUACGCUAGUCAUGAAGAGCGACGACCGUAGCAUGCUGCAGAGCGGCGUGGCCUGCUUGACCUCGCUCGUUCGGAAAGCGCCAGAGCAGACUUUGCAAUGGUGCGUCGCUCAGACGGCUGCCGACGGCACGCCCGCGAUGUCGUGCCUUCUGGCGAUCACUGGACGUCUGCUCGACCCAACAGACGAGCUGGAGAGCGGCGGCUUCGCGGUAGGCGACCUCUUGAUAGCGCUCCUGCGCAAGGGUCCGCAUGCGAUUCAGUCCGUGCUGCCUGAUCUGCUGCGCGCGCUGCUCAAUCGCCUUGCUACCGUCAAGACAUCGACGUUCGCCCAGUCUCUCAUUCUGCCGUUCGCGUACCUGAUGCUCGAGCAGUCGACCGUCGUGAUCGAGCUGCUGGAGGGCCUGCAGGUCACAUUGCCCGCCUCCGAGGGGGUCCAGACUGCGUCUGGGCUGGAGGUCCUGGCCCGCAAGUGGGUAGAGACUGCCGAGACGAUCUCAGGCUUCUGGGCAGAGCGCGUGAGCACCGUUGCUCUCUCGCAUCUGCUCGAAGCCGCUCGGCCUUCUCUUGACAACGUGAUGGUGCAAGGCGACAUGCUGCCCGACGACGUCAACGUGAUUCGCACGCGCUCGCGAGCCAAGACCAUCCCGCACCGCUACACGCAGGUGCCUCUGCCGGCGAAGAUCCUCAAGCUUCUGGUCAAUAGCUGGCAGACUGCGCGGCGUGGGCCGCCGGGACCAAGUGCUGACGAGCUGGCGGACGGCGCAAGAACCCCGGAUACCGAUGACGAUGACGGCGAGUGGGAUGACGAGGAAGGCCAAGAUGGCCCCAAGGGUGGGGAUGACUUCUUGUCCGGUGCGUCUCGAGGCUAG